AUGGUGGUGCCGUUGAGCUCAGCCGAUGGGCAGCGCGCAGCUGUUCAAACUCACGCGCUCCAAAUGGCCUCCUCCUCGGCUUCCACAAAACGUCGCAGGCUGUACGGCCGUACCGAAUGCGGAAAUCAGUUCGUCACUUCUACGACUACGAGCCUCAUGUCAGAAAGCUCAUGUGCGGCGAGCACACGGGCCUACUCACCCGAGCCGGUCGCGGCCACGACGGGCACGGGCCGCCCGACAGGUUCGCCGUCGCCGCGCUGCAGGGGGACCGGAUGGCCCGGUUUCUCUCGGAAACAGGCAGGUGGGAAUCUCUGCCGGUCUCCACGUGCGAGCGGGCGAUGGUGCUGGACCGGGAGGUGGUGGCUGGACGCGACCUGCGGCGCCAUCUCCGCCGACCCCUUCAGCGACCGCCCGGAGCUCUGCUUCGUCGAGCUGCCGAGGGGCAGCGUGCUGCCGGCCGCCGCCCCACAUCGAAGAAGAGGGCGCCUGUGCGUCACAUCGAAGCACCGGCGCCUGUGCGUCAGCCAAGGGCGGCUGCGGUACAUCGAGGUCUCUCAAGAAGAGCCAUUUGUGCUCAGCUGCUUCGUGCUCGACAACAAUGGCACCGGCUGGACGCUGGAGCACCGGCUCGACCUCAGCCGCUACGAGACUCACCGGUACGGCCACCCGUGGCUACCCUUAAAGGGGGAUAACACGCCACAAGUUGGGUUUCUUGACCCACUUACCGCCAAUGUUGUCUACAUGUCGGCCUGCAUCACCACUCUUGAGGGUACGCCACGAGUCGUCUUCGUCGUGGACAUGAAGAUAGACCUUCCGUUUCGGAGUUAUGCGUAUAGAUCGGGCGAACCCUGCUUCGUACCUUGUGUUCUUCCGCCGUGGCUUGGAUCGAGCCAGAUCCCUUCUGCAGGCAACAAAGGUGUUAAGAAGAACAAGAGUUUGGCAGAUGUUCUGGUUCGUGCAGACAAUCUGCAGAAGAGAUGAAGGUUUCAUUAAACUAACAGCAGCUGUUGCUAUAGUAAAUUAGGAAGCUGAUGGUGUGGUAUCUUUGGGAACCGGAGAAGUCAGGGUCUGCUAAGAGUUUGCCGAUCAACUCGCCAUAUCUUGUCUUGGUGGUGAUCUGGGAAUUCUUUCAGACUCCGGGUUCGUGGUAGAACAUUCCAGUAGAACUGCAAAAUUAGUUCAGCAUGCAACAACUAUCAUGAAACAUCAUCGUGUUCUUGUAUGCUUUGUUUAGUAGCAAGACAUUGCAUCUGCAGGAAAAGAUUGAUGCUUCUACAUGUUAACUCUUACGAUAACUCUUAUAUAUUUAUGGAUCUAUGCUUA